GAUGAACCGGAUGAACAGGACAAAUGUCUGGAGAUGUCAAUGAAUCAAAUGAAUGGUAAUAGGCAAGAAGGAUACACAGCAUAUAUACAAAGUGAUAGUUGUCCCUUAGAAGAGCCUACCUUGUUGGAUGAACCCAAUCCUCCGAUAGACCAAACCCAUAUUCAACCACCUUGGAAUCAACUUCUUCAGCAUAUGACAAACCUAAUGUCAAAACAACAAGAAGCCUCACGUGAAGCAAAAGAACACCAAUUCGUAAAUAUAAUAGUCUUUAUAG